CCCGGCAGGCCCAGCGGCUAGGAGAGUCACGUGAGAGUGGGUGGUGGAGGUGGAGGCUUGUGUCUGCUGUGUAUUUUUUUGCCUCUGUAGUUGGCGGAGGUGGGCGGCUUUGACGGAGAAACACUGAAGCUCCGAGUGAACAGAAUGUUUCGUCUUAAUUCACUCUCUGCUUUGGCAGAACUGGCUGUGAGCUCUCGAUGGUACCAUGGGGGGUCACAGCCCACCCAGACCAGGCGACAACUGAUGAUGGUGGCUUUCCUGGGAACAUCUGCAAUAACUGCAAGUACUGGUCUCUUGUGGAAAAGGGCCCUUGCAGAAUCUCCACCAUCUGUAAACAACCCAAAGAGUGAACUUGGCGAUAAAAGAAAGAAUAAAGAUGAAGGGGAAGUUUGUAAUAAUGAAAAAAAGUCUUCAGAUAUUUGUCUUGAACCUACUCCAGAAGAGAAAAAGAAGAAACGUUCUGGAUUCAGAGACAGAAAAGUGAUGGAAUAUGAGAAUAGGAUUCGAGCAUAUUCUACACCAGACAAAAUCUUCCGAUAUUUUGCCACCUUAAAAGUAAUCAGUGAGCCUGGUGAAUCUGAAGUAUUUAUGACUCCACAAGAUUUUGUGAGAUCCAUAACACCCAAUGAAAAACAACCAGAACACUUGGGUCUGGACCAGUAUAUAAUAAAACGCUUUGAUGGGAAGGAUUUCUGGCAGACAGAGAAAAUUGCCCAGGAACGAGAAAAAUUUGCUGAUGAAGGUAGUAUAUUUUAUACCCUUGGAGAAUGUGGACUCAUAUCCUUUUCAGACUACAUUUUCCUUACAACUGUUCUCUCUACUCCUCAGAGAAAUUUUGAAAUUGCUUUCAAGAUGUUUGACUUGAAUGGAGAUGGAGAAGUAGACAUGGAGGAGUUUGAACAGGUUCAGAGCAUCAUUCGCUCCCAAACCAGUAUGGGUAUGCGUCACAGAGAUCGUUCUACUACUGGUAACACUCUCAAGUCUGGCUUGUGUUCAGCCCUCACAACCUACUUUUUUGGAGCUGAUCUCAAGGGGAAACUGACAAUCAAGAACUUCCUUGAAUUUCAGCGUAAACUUCAGCAUGAUGUUCUGAAGCUAGAGUUUGAACGCAAUGACCCUGUGGAUGGGAAAAUUACUGAGAGGCAGUUUGGUGGCAUGCUGUUGGCCUACAGUGGGGUGCAGUCUAAGAAGUUGAUUGCCAUGCAGAAGCAGCUCAAGAAGCACUUCAAAGAGGGAAAGGGUCUGACAUUUCAGGAAGUAGAGAACUUCUUUACUUUCCUAAAGAAUAUUAAUGAUGUGGACACUGCAUUGAGCUUUUACCAUAUGGCUGGAGCAUCUCUUGAUAAAGUGACCAUGCAGCAGGUGGCCAGGACAGUGGCUAAAGUGGAACUCUCAGACCAUGUGUGUGAUGUGGUGUUUGCACUCUUUGACUGCGAUGGCAAUGGGGAGCUGAGCAAUAAGGAAUUUGUUUCCAUCAUGAAGCAACGGCUGAUGAGAGGCCUGGAGAAGCCCAAAGACAUGGGUUUCACCCGCCUCAUGCAGGCCAUGUGGAAAUGUGCACAAGAAACCGCCUGGGACUUCGCUUUACCUAAACAGUAACCCAAAGCUGCAAGAGGGGCCAUUCCUCCCCGGCCAGCACCCUGGUCCCUUGAGCAGAGCAAAGCCCUUCCUGAUGCUAAUUCUGGAAGUAGGUUUCUUUCUUUCUGGGAUUGAUCUCAGGAUUCAACCAGUUUCCCCUCUCUACCCUCCCACUGUCCUAGCAUUUGGCUAGGCUCUGAGUCUGCCUGGUGACUAUCCCCACAGGGUCUCAGAAACAUGAACAAGACCUCAAAACUCAGAUUUAGGGCACUUUCAACGGUAUACCCAUUUAAGCACCCUACGAACAAACAAUGAGAGAACAAUCCACACACCUACUAACCCUGGGAAACACCCAAUGCUUGAGUUGUUUUUGCUGUGGAUUUAUAUUACCAAGAAUGCUCCUUGCUUUUCUUCCUACUACAAGGGUUUUUUUAAAGCUACAAGUUGGGAAAACUUUUGGCAGGCAAAAGUAUCAUUCUGUGAUGAAUGGUAAUAAGGAUGACUCGGGCAUCCUGAGCUGGCAGAAAGCCUGGGCCAGUGGAGGGAUCUGUGUCAGUCCCCAGACCAUCUCUGAGGCCUGCUCUGGGAAGGUGAUGUGCACAGUGGAAACAGAGCAAGACUUGGAAUUUAAAGCAGCUGUUUCGUGGCUCUCUCCACUCCCUUCUUUUCAUCUAGGGCUCCCUAAGAAGACUCCACCAUGACUCUGCUUAUGAGCAGCAGUGACUGAGUUUAUGUUCCCUGCAAGUGCCAUUGCCCCCUCCAGGAGUGUGUCUCGGAAGCUGAGGCCUAGCUCAGGGCCUGUCUGCCCUCCAUCUUAAACAGUUGUAAAAUAUCAUUUUAAUUAUAACAGUUUGCAAUAAAGCCCCCCCUAAAGGCUCUUGUCUCCUG